AUAACACGCAAAGCCAGUUUCGGUAUUUAUUUUGUGUUCUUCAGCCUAUGUGUUGGGCAAGAAACUAAAGAAAAGUUUUCUAUUACCUUCAAAAAAAAUUCUCGCACAAGCUAACAAAGUAAGCUAGAAUCAGAUACUUUCCCCUACUUAGCUUAUUUCUUCGAUCAGAUCAGAAUAAAUUAGCCUUUUUCCAGUGGUUUCUAGGAAGUAACUAGCCGCUCCACACUCAAAAGUCUCAAAUAGACGCUCUACCUUCCUCUUUCUUUUGCCUUCAAUAUUCCUUUUGACUAUAAAUUCUCUCUCGCACACAAAAACAUGUAUUCAUCUCUUGUAACGCCUUUAUUAUAGCAGAAGAUGACAUGGGUAACCUCAUAGCCAGAAAAAGAAACAGUGGUACUCGAAUUUCAAGAAAUAAUACCAAAGAAAGUGGUGGAAGAAAUAAUAGUAAUUAUAAUUCUUCAGCCAUUGACAAUAGACCUUUAUCGUUAUCACAAUUAAGGCCACCGCGACAUUUAGUUCCACCACAGUAUCCUUCGCUGCAGCUGCCUCCGCUGCGACCGCAACGAGCACCAUCCAUGUCUAGGGCACAAAAUAAGUCAGGACAGGAGGGAUUAGCAGCCAUGGGAAAGAAGGAUGCAGCAAAGAAAUAUACUUUGAUUAAGGAUAAUUUCACUUCUCUUGAACAGGUUACAACUGCCUUAAGGAAAGAAGGUCUAGAAUCAUCAAAUCUCAUCCUUGGAAUUGAUUUCACAAAAAGCAAUGAAUGGACUGGCAGAAUGUCAUUCAACAAUAGAAGCCUGCAUGCCAUUGGAGAGACAUCAAACCCCUAUGAGAAGGCCAUCUCUAUUGUUGGCAAGACUUUGGCUCCCUUUGAUGAUGAUAACUUGAUUCCAUGUUUUGGCUUUGGUGAUGCAACAACCCAUGAUCAAGAAGUGUUUAGCUUUCACAGUGAUCAUACACCUUGUCAUGGUUUUGAGGAAGUUCUUGCGUGCUACCAAAAGAUAGUUCCAAACUUGAAACUUUCAGGACCAACUUCUUAUGCUCCUGUGAUCGAGGCUGCAAUAGACAUUGUUGAGAAAAAUCACGGCCAAUUUCAUGUGUUGGUUAUCAUUGCAGAUGGGCAGGUUACUAGGAGUGUCAACACUGAAGAUGGAGAACUGAGUCCUCAAGAACAGAAGACAAUCAAAGCUAUAGUUGAUGCAAGUGAAUACCCCCUUGCAAUUAUUCUGGUUGGGGUUGGUGAUGGUCCAUGGGAAGACAUGCAGAAGUUUGAUGACAAGAUACCGGCGCGUGGUUUCGACAAUUUUCAGUUUGUUAACUUCACUGCCAUAAUGUCUAAAAAUAUUGGCCCCUCUGAGAAAGAAGCAGCUUUUGCUCUAGCUGCUCUCAUGGAGAUCCCUUUCCAAUACAAAGCAACCCUUGAAUUUGGAAUACUUGGACGUGUAACAGGAAGAGCGAAGAAAAUAGUUGCAAAGCCUCCUCCAGUUCCUUAUUCCCGGCAUGUAAUGAGCAAUGCACAAGCAUCACCAGCAGAUGAUCGAAACCAAACGGCCUGCCCUGUAUGUCUCACCAAUGCAAAGGAACUGGCUUUUGGAUGUGGCCACAUGACUUGCAGAGAUUGUGCAUCAAGGUUAAGUAAUUGUCCCAUAUGCCGUGAGAGGAUCACUAGUCGUCUCAGGGUAUUCACUGGCUGAUUAGUAGAAUGAUGAUGGUGUGGCUUAUUAGAUUCGUAGGAAAUGUACUUAUUUGUUGUAACAUGAUAGCUUGUUAUCUCUUCAAGGAUGGUUUCAGUGUGCUGAAAUGUGGAUGUGUUUGUGCAAAAUUCUAAUUUGUUCAUGUUUUUGCUGCCUCAGUAGUAGUUCAUUUCAAUUGGAAUCCUCACCCAUUCCUUAUAUUAUCAAUCUAAUUGUUAAAUUGAGAUGUUUAAUGGCAUAUGGUCACGGUUCUGGCAUAUGGAUGUUUAAUGGAACGUUGCUUAGUCUAGUUUGGUCAUGUGUAACUACUCAACUUUUAACAUGUCAUGACAAAUGCUAAUCUAAUCGUUGAAUAUUACUUAUUGGUCAAUCUAUGAUAUUUUAUACUCUUGAAUUUAGUUAUAUAUUAUUGAGCCUGUCGCACUCGUCGUUAGCGAGUUUAUGUAAUAUUAUGCGUUUGCGUGAGUAAAAUAGAUAUAUACACAGUA